AGGUGAGGCCGGCGGCGUGCGUCCUUGCUCGGCGCGGAUCCGGCACUUUGACAGCCGCUUCUGCGGGAAGGCGGCAGUUAGGAAUUUGGGGAGGACGGAGAACCAGCCAUAAUUCUCUCAGCGGUCUUUCCUCCCCUGGAAUUUGAGAUGCUUUACCUCAUCGGCUUGGGCCUGGGAGAUGCCAAGGACAUCACAGUCAAGGGCCUGGAAGUUGUAAGACGCUGCAGUCGAGUGUAUCUGGAAGCGUACACCUCAGUCCUGACUGUAGGGAAGGAAGCCUUGGAAGAGUUUUAUGGAAGAAAAUUGAUUCUUGCUGACAGAGAAGAAGUGGAACAAGAAGCAGAUAAUAUUUUAAAGGAUGCCGAUAUCAGUGAUGUUGCAUUCCUUGUGGUUGGUGAUCCAUUUGGGGCUACAACACACAGUGAUCUUGUUCUGAGAGCAACAAAGCUGGGAAUCCCUUACCGUGUUAUUCACAAUGCUUCCAUAAUGAAUGCUGUAGGCUGCUGUGGUCUGCAGUUGUAUAAGUUUGGAGAGACAGUUUCAAUUGUUUUUUGGACAGACACUUGGAGACCUGAAAGCUUCUUUGACAAAGUGAAGAAGAACAGACAAAAUGACAUGCACACAUUGUGCUUACUAGACAUCAAAGUAAAGGAGCAGUCUCUGGAAAAUCUAAUCAAAGGAAGGAAGAUCUAUGAACCUCCUCAGUAUAUGAGUGUAAACCAAGCAGCCCGGCAGCUUCUGGAGAUUGUUCAAAAUCAGAGAAAACGAGGAGAAGAACCAGCAAUUACUGAGGAGACACUCUGUGUUGGCUUAGCCAGAGUUGGAGCCGAGGACCAGAAAAUUGCAGCAGGCACUUUACAGCAAAUGUGCACCGUGGACUUGGGAGAACCGUUGCAUUCCUUGGUGAUCACAGGAGGCAGCAUGCAUCCGCUGGAGAUGGAGAUGCUGAGUCUGUUUUCCAUGCCAGAAAAUAGCUGAGUCCCGAAGCACCGAUGGAUUCUGAACAUAGACAUUUUCUGUAAUCUUAUGUUCAUUUCAGACCUGUAUGGAU